AGUGAGAGGAAACAGGUAGAGCAGGAUGGUUAACUGGCCUGAGGGGGUGUGUGUGUGUGUGUGUGUGUCUGCCGUCGCUCGUUGGGAAGUCUGAAUCUGUCGAGGGCAGCCGGUCGAGAGCGAGACGUUCCUGAGGAGGAAAAGACAAAUUAAAGAAAUGGCUGUCAAUAAAUGUGUCAAAUAUCUUCUCUUCAUCUUCAACCUCCUGUUCUGGAUCAGCGGCUGCAUCAUCCUCGCCGUCUUCAUCUACCUGAAAGUGAACAAAGAUGGAAACCAGAUCACGAAUGAAUCCAUUCCCGGCAUCGACCUGAUGAUCGCCAUCGGAGUCAUCGUCAUGGUUCUCGGCUUCCUCGGCUGCUGCGGAGCGAUCCGAGAGAACCGCUGCAUGCUGCUGCUGUUCUUCAUCAGCCUCCUCAUCAUCUUCAUUCUCCUGCUGGCGGCCGGCAUCCUGGGCGCCGUGGGGGAAGACAAGGUGAAGGACUGGAUGAAGGAGCGUCUGGAGAAACUCAAACCGCUGUCAGGGCAACCCGAGAGCGUGAGGGAUGACCUGGAGAAACUACAGCAAGAGCUGAAGUGUUGCGGUCUCGUGAAUGGACCGUCAGACUGGAACACCGUUCCUGACUCCUGCCGCUGCAACGCCACCCAGACAGACUGCACGCCGGGUUCCAUCCACGACAUG